GGUCCGUGCAAUCUUCUAGGUUCGGGCUUUCGGGUUCUAGGCUCGGAGCGAUUUUCUCCAGCUCCAGUAUGUGGAGCGGCCGGCAGGGCCGCCUCAGGCCGGUGGGCUGCGCAGUGGAGGAGCUACGGUGUCGCUGGAGGGAGCGGGAGGCAGCGCUGCGGAAGGCGCGGAGGGAGCAGCAACUGAUCAGUAAGAGGCUGUUGAGAGAUGACGCCCUGGAGGAAACUGAAGGGGGAUGUGUGGCCAUGACCCUCGGAGAAGCCGAGAUCCAACAGUUCCUCGGGUUAGCGCAGCGGGGGACAGAGGAAAAGGAGAGAGAGAAGGCUCUGGUCAGCCUUCGUCGAGGCUUGCAGCAUCCUGAGACACAGCAGGCCUUCAUCUUGCUGGAGGGCAGCAUGCGGACCUUGGUUGGGCUUCUGACCAGCAACCAAGCCCUGUUGCAGCUUGAGGCCGCUCGGUGUCUUCAUGAGCUCUCUCAUUCUGAGCAGUCUGCGGUGGCUGAGGCCUGCCUGCCAGCUACUUCCUACCUUCUCACCUACCUCUCCGGUCACAGCUCAGACUUUAUAGAGCUCUGUCUGUAUACAUUGGGUAACCUGAUUGUGGAGAGUGAGGCUGUGAGAAGGCAGCUCCUGCCACAGGGCAUCGUUCCAUCUUUGGCCGCCUGCAUCCAGUCUCCCCAUCUGACUGUGCUGGAAGCCCUUGGAUAUGCCUUGUCCCAGCUCCUGCAGGCUAAGGAAGCUCCAGAGGCGAUCAUCCCCUCCGUUUUGGGCUCCACUCUCCCCCAGCAUAUCCUGCAACUGUUGCAACCUGGCCCAAAGCUGAACCUUGGAGUCGCUGUGGAGUUUGCCUGGUGCCUGCACUAUAUCAUCUGCAGCCAGGUCAACAAUGCCCUGCUUAUCUCCCAUGGUUGUCUGUCCACUCUGGGCCUGCUGCUAGUAGACAUGGCUGGGGCUGUCCAGAGAACUGAGGAUGCAAGGAUGGAGCUGCUGGCAUGCCCUGUGCUUCGGUGUCUAAGCAACCUGCUAACAGAAGCAGCAGUGGAGGUUGUGGGAGGGCCAAAUCAGCUUGAAGAUGAGCGUGUUGUGGCCGCUUUAUUUAUCCUCCUGCAGUUCUUCCUCCAGAAACAGCCCAGCCUUCUGCCUGAGGGCCUCUGGCUCCUGAAUAACCUCACUGCAAAUAGUCCUAGUUUCUGUACCUCCUUGCUCUCCAUGGAUCUGAUUGAGCCCCUCUUGCAGUUGCUGCCAGUUUCUAACGUGGUGAGCGUAUUGGUGCUCACAGUUCUGUGCAACGUGGCAGAGAAGGGUCCUGCUUACUGUCAUCGUCUGUGGCCAGGGCCCUUGCUCCCCUGCUUGAUAGGCACGCUGGCCUUCUCUGACACUGAAGUAGUAGGCCACAGUUUAGAGCUGCUGCAACUGUUGUUCCUCUAUCAGCCAGAGACUGCAGAGGCCUUUCUGCAGCAAUCAGGGCUGCAGGUCCUGGAGAGGCAUCAGGAGGCAACACAGCUCCAGGAUCGUGUGCAUGCUCUCCAGAAGACAGCUCUUCAUAGGUGACCUGCUUGAUGGCACUCAUUCUACUCAUCACCGCCCCUCCUUCCCCCCGCCACCAGCUUUCUUGCCCAUGGAUCCCCUUUUGAGGAUUUAGAACCAUAAUGACAUCUAAUGCUUUCUGUUCCUAUGCCUAAGACAAGACCUUCAAAGCUCAGUUCCUCCUCUUUGACCCAGUACUAUCCAGGCAGGAGAACCAAAGGGAAUUUGAUGUGGGCCUUCAAAUCUUUUUUCCCUCCCCAUUAGCAGCCGGUAGUUUUUGAUGGGACAGAAUAAAGUUUUAUUUUUAUAUUAAA